AUGUUGACCACAUUCUUCAAGAGAUAUGCCAGUGGUCUUGCGGUUUCUUGUGUGAGAACCACCGCCGCCACUUCUAGACUUUUCACUGCUGGUUUGGUGAAUAGAAGAAACUUGGGUUACUACCAAAGUACCAACACUAUGUCAUCUCAAAUUGUUCCACCAUUCAUGAUGAUGAUGAUGAACACAGAAACUAAUUCUCAACUGGUAAAAACCCCAAUAAUGGAAAUCAUCACCAAUAACCACAACAUCACAAAUGGCGUCAGUAUCGAUGGGAUAAUAACGAGUGAAGAAACAAUGAGAGCCGAUUCGGUCAUGAGAAAAAGAAGAAAGAAGAUGAAGAAGCACAAGUUGAGAAAGAGAAGAAAAGCACAAAGAGCAUUGAAGAGAAAGUUGGCCCAAGGAUGA